CCCGCAGUCCUUCGCGGCCUUGGCCGGUUUGAGCGUGUGCGUGUCCCCUUACCCUCCAUCUUCCCUCCUCGGGGUCCCGCGAUGCCGAUGUACCAGGUAAAGCCCUAUCACGGGGGCGGCGCACCGCUCCACGUGGAGCUGCCAACCUGCAUGUACCGACUCCCUAACGUGCACGGCCGGAGCAGCUGCCCUGCGCCCGACGCGGCCCACGUGCAGGGAGUAGCUGAUCCAUCCCUCCAGGCUCUGGAGACCCGGCAAGACGAGAUUCUGCGAUGCCUGUACGAACUGAAAGCCGCUGUGGAUGGUCUCUCCAAGAUGAUCCAGACGCCAGACGCGGACUUGGACGUGACAAACAUCCUCCACGCGGAUAGGCCCUCCCCUUUAACGGCCAGCAGCCUGGACUUAGAUGCAGUACUUGGAAAGGAUUUCGGCGCACUGAAGGACAUCGUGGUCAAUGCAAAUCCUGCCCAGCCACCCCUCUCCCUGCUUGUGCUGCACCACCUGCUCUGUGAGCGCUAUCGGGUCCUGUCUGCUGUCCACACACACUCGUCCAUCAGGAGUGUACCUGGAAACCUCCUCAAGUGCUUUGGGGAGCAGACUACAAAACAGCCCGGCCCUCGUCACGAAUACCAGCUGGGUUUUACUUUAAUUUGGAAGGAUGUGCCCAAGACUCAGAUGAAGUUCAGCGUGCAGACGAUGUGCCCCAUCGAGGGCGAAGGGAACAUCGCCCGGUUUUUGUUCUCUCUGUUUGGCCAGGAGCACGAUGCCGUCCGCUUAACCCUCAUCGACGGCUGGGUCGACGUGGCGAUUCUCCAGCUGAAAGAGGGCAGCAGUAAAGAGAAGGCGGCUGUGCUCCGCUCCAUGAACUCCGCCCUAGGGAAGAGCCCCUGGCUGGUGGGCAACGAACUCACUGUGGCCGACGUGGUGCUGUGGUCCGUGCUCCAGCAGACAGGGGGCGCCAGUGGGGCGGUGCCAGCCAACGUGCAGAAGUGGAUGAAGUCCUGCGAAAACCUAGCCGCCUUCAACUCUGCCCUCAAGCUCCUCGAGUGAAGUUCAGAAACUGCCCUGAGGGAUUAGAUUUGCAAGAAAUGGUGCUGCUAUCUCAUGCCUAUCAGGGAAGGGACGUGCUAUUUUUAUUUAGGCCAGUUGUCAAGUAUCAAUAAAAACACCUUCACAGCUG